AAACACCACGUCCGUAGCAUGUUGUGAAGUGUUAACAAAUAUUGCAAUUAAAAUGCUUUUGCUCGUUCCUCUUCCUUGACCGCAGAGAAUGACCAGGAGGUUUCUCGUUAUUUUCUUCAUCUGGCUCUUCUUGACGUCCUGCGUCGACAGCGAAGCGGGCGCGGGCGUUGAGGUCGAGUCCUACCACGUCGGCGUCGGAGAGGCUUUUGUGCUGAAAUGCCGGCUCUAUUCGUUCUUCAGGGAGAGCUUCAACAAUCUGACCGUAGCCUGGUCCAGAGAUGGAAAUACGAGCCUGAAUGAAACGGGCUCAAGGGUAGAGGCACACGAGGACAUGCUGUGGUUUCUACCAGCAGAGCUGUCUGACUCGGGAUACUAUGGGUGUGACAUAAGAGGCCCAGAGUUCCCCUUCGAAAUGAAGAUGUUCCUGUCUGUGAAGACGAGUUCAUGCUCCUAUGUGAACUACUUCAACUUCAUAACCCUCAACAGCCCAGUUAUCAUUUCCUGCUUUGGAUACAAAGAAAUUAGCACUUUAGAUAGACAGCCUGACGUCAGGUGGUUUAAGGACUGUGUGCCCAUUGAGAUGAAUAAAGACAAAAUGAGCACCGUGAGAGGAGGACUUUAUAUAGCCAAUGUAAAUAGCGUGGAUGUUGGAAAUUACACCUGUCAGAUCAAUUUUACACACAAGGGGAAAACACUCAUAGCUUCAAGUCUGGGCACAACAAAGAUAUCACCUAAUGAACUAAUGGUGGUGGAAACGCCAAAAGUUUUACAUCCCAAGAACGAAAGCAUUGAAGCUGAGCUCGGCCACAAAAUGGUCUUGACCUGCACUGUUUUUAUUGGUCUCAGAGAAUACACAGAGAAUGAGACAUUGGUAUACUGGACUAUAAAUAACACCGUGAUUGAGCAGUAUAAAGACAAACAACUAAUAGAAGAGCUGAAAAUAUUGAAAGAGCACAAGGAUGGAAGAUAUGGAAUGUAUGGGUAUUUGAACCUGACAAUCCCAGAAGUGACUAAUGAGUUCUACCACAUGCCCUUAACGUGCAUUGUUUUGAAUCCACAAGGAGCUGACAGAGGACAUGUUCGACUUAUUCCAGCACCACAGAGAGCCUUUCACCUCUAUAUAAUAGUUGCCAUUUUCUUCCCCUUGAUUGUGGCUGGGCUCCUGGUUUAUCAUUAUUUCAAGGUCGACAUGGUCCUGAGUUAUCGCAAACUAUCUCAAGCCUUCAGGAAUGAGAAAAUUUCGGAUGGAAAACUUUAUGACGCCUAUGUGAGUUAUCCAAAAGACAAUUCCUUAGUCUCCGCAAGGGCAGCAGAAUUUGCUCUGCAUAUCCUUCCUGAAAUGCUUGAGAACAGGCAUGGGUACCAGCUGUUCAUCUUCGACAGAGAUGAUCUUCCUGGAGAAGCCCUGCACAGUGCUGUUGAAGAAGCCAUCAGGAAAAGCAGGAGGCUGAUCCUCAUUCUCACAGCCCACCAGGGGGAGGGCUGGAGCCAGGCUGCCUUCGAGCAGCAGGCUGGGCUGUAUGACGCCCUGAUCAAGGACGGCAUCAAAGUCAUCCUUGUGGAGAUGGACAAGGACAUCAACUACUCUCUCUUGCCGGAGUCUAUCAGGUACAUAAAGCAAAAGCAAGGAGCCUUAAGAUGGGAGAACUCCCGCGGAGAACAGCUUCGGACAACAAACACGCGGUUCUGGAAGUGCCUGCGCUGCAGCAUGCCUCCUUACCCAGAGCGCGCAGAGCCGCUGCUGCCCACAGCCCCGAGCUCCCAGCGA